AUGAGGAAGAGGAGAAGAAUUAUCCUUCAGCCUCGGCAGUCAAGCAAAGCCCUGCCAAAGCCUCCGGUUUUGCCCUGUGCUCCAAGUCAGCCAGUUUGCUCCCAUCCCUUCGGUCUUCUGAGCCUCGUGCAAGCGGCCAAACCUUUGCUGACCACUGCAUUGUAUCUAUAUGGCUGGUGUCAGAAAAAUGUUGCACGGUUUUUUCAAAUCGUCAAGAAUGCAGCUUUUCCAUCGUCUGUAUAUCUGCGAGAACUGCAUGCACUCAGGGAGCGGCUGGAAAAGCUGGAAAUAGAAUUCGCCAGGUUACAAUCCGCGGUGCAGAAGGGUACUGUCGCUCCUUCCGUGGAAAAGCCAGCUUUUCAAAGUUCAGAGAAUCCGGUGCCGGCAAUCCCUGCGCACACACAGUGUCCCUGCAUGGUGCAAGGAGCGUUGCCUUCACAGCAGCCGGGGGCUCCUGCUGCACCGCCACCGCCACCACCCCCUCCACCACUCCCACCGCCACCCCCUCUGCCAGCACCUCUCUGCCUCAAAAGGACUGGUGGCAUUCAGAAGCAGGCUUCUUCGUUAAUAAGGGAUGUACCCAUGCAAAUAACACUCCGGGAUCUCCAGAAUGUAAAACUGAGAAAGGCACAAGGUGGCGUGAGAACAGACAAGACAGGAUCGCCAAGCGAGAGGCACAAAGUAUUCGUUACUCCUGCAGAUUUGCAAAGCGUCAGCCUGAAAUGCAAAACUCCACGACCUCCUGCUUCUGUGAAGCAUCAUUUAAUCUCUCCCAGCAGGAAUGGCAUAGAUUUCCGAAAACACCUGAAAAAGGUUGCAAUUGAGAGGAGCCCAGGUGGAACCCCGUUAACCAACAAAGAGAACACGGAGACUGGUACGGGGCUGACCCCAAUUAUGACACAGGCUUUGCGACGCAAGUUCCAGCUCGCUCAUCCAAAGAGCCCCUCGCCAGCACAUGUACCAGCAGGGGGCAGCUUUUGAGGAGGAAAGGUAGCACCAACGUCUCCUGGCAAGGCAAAGUUCCCCAAGUUGCUUGGCUGGAUGCAACUCGGAAAGAAGCUGUUCGAGGUGAGAGAGACCAUGGCGGGAUCUGGAGAGAAAUCGGUUU